AUGUUUGCAUCUGGACCACCGGCACAGGUGACAGGCAUAUCUCCGAUCGAAGGUGUUCCUGGUACAAAAUUAACACUUCGAGGGGAACAUUUUGGUCAGUCAGCUCUUGAUCUCACACAUGUUUUCGUCGGUGGUAUUGAUGUCUCUCCCAGUGCACGCUGGUUCUCUCCACGCAAACUUUCUGUCAUCACACCGCUUGGAACCGGAGAGUUGGAAAUCGUUGUCGUUACCAGAUCUGGUGGGAUUGGCACCUCUGAACUGACGUACAUUCAGAAUGUUGGUCAAAAAAUAGGCAUAGUUCCAUCGACAUUGACAGGCCCACAAGAACCAGUUAGCUACUGGCCAGAAGACGAACGGCGGCGGUGCCCAGCCAUAAUUGAGCGGGGCAGUGGGACGAGACAGGAAAGUGGGGGCGACGUAGUCGACGCGUCUCUCGCGGCCACUGGCCUCCCUGCUGCCGAGCUUGCACAUCUCGGAAUCCCUCUCUCUGAUACGGCUCUCAUGAAAAUCUACCCUAGUGGUGGAAGUGUAUUACUGUCCGAACCGGAUUUUGAUCCAUUGCUCUUCCUCCUCAAAUACUACAAAAAUGCCAGCUUCGAGGAUUUGGUGAUGGCUCGAAACAACUUUAGUCGAAGUAUAGCAGCCUCUGGUGGCCAUGACUCAAGUCAUGUCAUAAAAAACAACCUCUACCUUAUUUUUCGGUGCCUCGAAGGGCUUGAAGAUUUGCGAAAUGAAAUGAAAAAGUCAAAUGUUUCAGGGAAUUAUGAAUACAGGUCAAGCGCUUUGAUGCUUGCCACUGGAUUGGAUUCGGAAGCUCUCGUUUAUGGCUCUCAACGUUUCCUAUCAGUGUCUACCGUUUUAUUAGGUCAGAAAACCAGAUCGAAGAUCGGGGAAGGUACCGUAGAAACACGCUUGGAGAAGAAACUCACGGAUUCGUGGAACCAAGGCUAUGACCUCUUCAAGGACGUACUGAGAUGUCGUGAGGCCGCCAACUCGGCCCGUAAUGUUCUCAACAUUAUGGAGCGUUUUAGCUUUCUUUUCCGUCUCCCCGAAUCCAUUCGGAAAACUGUCAAACAAGGGGAAUACAACCUCGCCAUAAGCGAUUAUAAGCGAGCUAAGGCCCUUUUUUCAACUUCAGAUUGCGGAGCCUUCCAGCGAGUCUUCGCGGAGAUCGAGAAUGUUGUGGCACAGUUUCGCGACACACUGAAAUCUGAGCUUCUGGAAGUUCCCAUCGACGUUGAUGAGGCAAUGAAAAGAAUCAAGUGUCUUGAGCAGCUAGACGUAGAUUAUGACCCAUAUUGGAUAUGUGCAGAGGCUUUCAAAAAUUGGCUCGUUGAACAGUUAAGAAGCUUUCAAAAACCCUGCCAAGAAGAGACCAAAGUGACUUCCUCGUUUCAAUCGGAAACUCCCAAGACGUCUUCCCAAUCGCCUUUGGAUUCCACCGUGAAAGGUCGUACGUGUAACCAGCAAAUGGCGGUUCAGCUAGUGAAGCAAGCUUGCAAUCUUCUCUCCACUCAAUGUGUUCAAUUCUGGCGUCUGCAAGCAGUCUGUCUAGCUGCAUCAUCCAAAUCCAACCCUGCUGUUUUGGAGAGACUCGAUAGUUCGCAGUCACUGCAGACCAAGUAUCAGACGAUGAAUCUUGAGCUGGUUCACCUGUUGGCAAACUGUAUACGUGAAGCGGUCCUUCAACCGGCUCCAAUUGGAACUCUGGAUGCUGUUUUCUCUGGCUGGGCGUCCACCUGUGUACAGGAGUUCAGAAACUGCUGCCUCAGUCUGCCUCUAGAUAUUGUGCCGAGAGACGCACAAGCCGUGUUGCGACGCCUCUCCUAUGACCUGCGGCGACAUGCAGUUCGGGAUGUGCUUCGCUCCUCCCAAGCUGCAACUGAAUCACUUCACUUUAAGGAAAAUUGGGAAGUUGAGGUUACUGAUACCGGUGGCAGCAUCACACAACUACCACUUACUUACGAAAAUGUCGUGUCGGAAACACUGUCUCGCUGCAAGACUCUCAUGUCGCCUCGAACAUCCUUAGAAAAUUCUCUUUUUGAUGCACCCGAGUACCAAGAGCGUUUCUCGCAAUCAUUUUCUGAUGUCAUGUUGGGAUUUCUUGGCUCCCUCCAGCACUCAGCUGAUCAAAUCAAGCUUUCAUUGCCGCGGCAAGGUGGAGCUGCGGAAAUGUCGCAAUACGUCGACCAUGACAGCUUCGGGGCCUUAGAGCCGACCAUUAGUCAGAGGUCCAUCAUCGCUCAGGCACGCGGCGUUCUUCUGCUAGUGAACAAUGCUGACUGGACGGCGCGGUAUGCGAACUCCCACGUCUUUAGUGCCUACGCCAGCGCCGGAUUCUCCAAUGUCGGUGACCUCAAAUCGCGUGUCACCUCCUCAUGGCAUGCAGCCACUGCAAAGCUCAUCGAUCUUUACGUCAGUAUCCGCACUACAUGGCUUUGUGCGCCCCUAGACAUGACCAAUGCCGACAACGCUCUCCGGAGUGCAAUGAUCACAGCUCUGUGUAAUCUCUCUCACAUCCAUUCGGAGUUGGUGCUUCUCCUGGGAAUCUCCACUGCCGCCCGUGUUGAAACAGGUAAAAGCGGCAGUAGUGAUGACGAAGGAUUCCUCUCUUGCGAUCGCAUUCAGCCAAUCUUGCGAACUGUUGCAGCCAACUUGUCCAACAGCAUUAAAAUGCAUUCCGGGUAA